AUGAAGAACAUUGAUCCGAAUGUGGUUUUUGUAAAGAAGGAUAAAUGGGAUUACGAACAAUUGGAACCAAUCCCUUGCAAACAAAUCGAAGUCCCCAAUUUUGUGCCCAUUUCAACUGUUGCUGAGACCACAAUCUAAUUGCCCACUGUUUACAUUCAUUCAAAUAUAGUGUACCCUGAUGAGAAUGAGUACUCUUGUGAUGAGGAGGAUUUGGAGGCUGGCAUUAACCCCAAAGUAAUGCAGCAAUUGGAUCUUAGGCGUCAUCUGAAUUCCAAUCGCAAUUACUCUAAACAAUAUUCGUUACUCAACACAUUGGAAUACGAUGAAACCUACUAUAACAAAAAGGCUGAACGAUUAUAAAGGCCCCUUUUGAGAGUCUUCAUGCGAGCUCAAGAGAAUGAUUAUCGGAUGAAUGUGGCAUUUAGACCGAGCAAAGCGUACAAGCAAAAACGAUAGAAGCAUUUGGAUAUACAUUCCAUUGAUGUAGCCAGAGAAAUCCUCUUGAAUGAGAACUUGAUAGCACUGAAUUUGGUGAGACAAGUAAGACAAAGAGAAUUGCUGAAAUUGCAGUUAAUCAAAGAGGAGGAGUUUAAUUUUGUAAAUUCAUUCAAUAAUUGCAAUGAUUUAUUUGGCAACUUGAAGGAGCUCAAGCGUUUCUACAAGCCAGAAGAGCAAUUGGAACAGCAGCAGAGAGACAACAGAAAUAAAAUAUUUGAAUCGUGUUCCAACCAUGAUUGUUCCUAUCAGUUUAAUUCAAUCCCUCUAUCCACAGAACUUAUCGAUUUUAUGGAUGAACAAUACCAACAGAUAAAGGAGAAGAGUGUUAUGUGGCCUAAGAAUCCCACGAUGUUGCAAUCUUGGGAUCUUGACAUCUACACCAAGUUGGGAGUUCAUCAACUAAAUAAAUAACUCAUUUACACUAACAACAAUAGGACCCUAUUGAUAGCUGAUAGGACGAAGAAGAACAAAAAAAAAGUUAAGUUAAUGCUCGUGGAUCGGAACAGAGCUUCAAUCUUUGAUGGAGUUCGGGCUAAUUUUGAUCACUUCUAUGCUCACUAUCAAAAAAUCAAUUAGAGGCAGGAGUAGAUUGUCGAUUAAUAGAGGAGAGAAUGUUAGAAAGUUAGAUUUGAUAAACAAAAAAAGGAACAUCAACUCAAGUUGUAAUAGAAGAAGGAGGAAUUGAGACAGUCUCUGAGAUUCAAAAUGAGAAUCCUGUAGAAUUUGGAUCAACCUAUUUGCACAAUUAAAAUCAAACAUUCUGAUGAAUUAAAAUUUUAAUUAGUUAAAGACAUUCACUAUAACUCUUAGGUUAUAUUGAUGUGA